CCGUCUUGGCUGUGGUUUUUCCUUGGCAAGCCAUUGGUACACCUGUUGUUGGCACAGCGAUUUUGAAUAAAGUACUCCGCGACAUUGCGCCUUUGGUGCGGCCCUUGUACGAGCAGUCAGUGUGUCAUUGGAAUCCUCCGUGCCACCACCUGAAGAACGCACGGCAAAAUGAGUAGCGACGACGAGAGACCGGUAUUGUCGGAUGAGGAAAAGGAGGGUGAUCUGGAUGAUGAGAGAGACGCUGAGGGAGAGGAUGAGGAGCAAUUGGAGAGGGACGUUUUUGGUGAAGACGACGAUGAAGAUGAACAGCGGGAGCCGCCGGAGGAUGAAGAUGAGGAGGACGAAGAAGACGAAGAAGAUGAUCUUCCAAGAGCAAAAAAGCGCCGACGAAAGGCAAACCCGUUCAUCGAAGAGGAGGCUGCUGUUGAGGAAGAAGAUGAGGAGGAGGAAGAGGAAGAGGAGGAUGGGUUUGUGGAGGCUGGAGAAGAAGACCUGGAUGCAAUCCAAAAAGAGAUGAUCGACAUGCGGGCUCAUCGAGAACUGGACCGUCGAAGGGAAGAAGAGGAAAUGGAUGCUGAAGAAAUUGCAGAGCGUAUGAAGGAGCGCUACGGUCGGUCAGAGUUAGGUCGGGGCAGCUACAGAGGAGAUCUGGAGCAUAUUCCUCAAAGCAUGUUAAUGCCUUCCGUUGAGGAUCCAAAACUUUGGCUGUGUCAAUGCAGGGAGGGUAAAGAGCGCGAUGUGGUUUUCACCAUCAUGCGAAGAGCUGUCGAACGAGAAAUGACCGGGAAUGCCUUGCAAGUCCUUUCCGUAUUUUGCCGUGACUCUCUUAAAGGAUACAUUUACUUGGAAGCAAGGCAACAGGCGGCUGUACAGCAGGCAUUGGAGGGUAUCAACAACAUAUUUAUAAGCAAGCUGCGACUGGUACCAGUUGACGAGAUGGUGGAUUGCUUAACAAUCAAAAAAUCCAAAGAGGUGGAAUUGCGGAUUGGAGGCUGGAUUAGACCCAAGAAAGGAAAAUAUGCGGGAGAUCUCGGGCAGAUUUUGGAUAUUAGAGAUAACGGCGAAAUGAUCAUCUGCAAACUUGUUCCUCGAUUGGACCCAGUGAGAGAUAAUGCAAAGCUACCGUUCGGUCAAAAACGUAAAAAGGCAGAGCCGCGGCCCCCACCCAAGUUAUUCAAUCCAGCGGACUUCAAGGGUGAAGUGCGCAAAGAAAAGAAUUAUUUUGUCUACAAUAAUGAAUGGUUCGACCGAAGUGGAUACCUGGAGAAGAAUCUCAAACUAAGCUCCCUCGUGGUUGAGAAUGUUCAGCCAAAAUUGGAAGAGAUCAGUCAAUUUUCUGGAGGAACGAUUACUGAACAGCCUGAUGACUUGGAGGCGCUCGCUGCUUUAAAUAUCUCGAGAAAGGAGGAUUUGCAAAUUGGACAAUCCGUGGAACUGAAGGCGGGCGCCAUGGCUGGCAUUUGGGGUACCGUAGUCUCUAUCCAGAAGAACAAUGUUGGCGUCCAGCCUGAUCCGAAGGAAUUUCCAACCUUGCCGUUGAUUAGCGUUACUGCCGAAGAACUUAGAAAGCGGUUUGCGGCUGGUGACCACGUCAAGGUUAUGAAGGGAAUGCAUAAAGACCAAACAGGCUUGAUCAUUACAGUCAAGGGCAAUAUCGCCACAUUACUUUCAGAUAGUACUUUAAAGCCGAUCGAUGUCUUCACCGAAGAUUUGCGUACAGCAAAGGACAUUGCAGGCGGAGGCGCUCGCACCAGUCCUUACGAUGUUGGCGAUCUUGUUUUCCUCUCGAAUGAUGCGGGUGUUGUGACUAAAGCAGAGAGGGACACCAUUACUGUCCUUACUCAAUUCAAUCAGAUUGUCAGAGUGCAGCCUCAGCAAAUUCGGAAUAAGCGUGAUUCGAAUCGCGCUAUCACAAGCGAUGCUAAUGGACAAUCCAUAUCCGCUGGUUCAUCAGUGGACAUCAUCGAUCCGGAUCGUCCUGAUAUCAAAAAGCGUGCCACCGUGGUACAUAUAUAUCGCUCUUUCGUAUUUGUCAAAGCGCGCGAGACGGUGGAGAACGAGGGAUAUAUGGUCGUUAAAUCGCAUAACGUAGCGUUAGUGGGAGGAAAGCAGGGACCGAACGGGAUGUAUCAGAGUCCGUACCAAAACUCUUUUCCGAAUCGAGGUGGCUUCGGCGGUGGUUUCCAUGGCCGCGGUGGCGGCAGAGGUGGCCGUGGUCGUGGUGGACGAGACCCUCUUGUGUCGAAGACGGUGACAAUAAGUGGCGGUGAAUACAAAGGGUACCUCGGCAUUGUCAAAGAUGUGAUGGAUAACAUGGCUCGUGUGGAGUUGCACACAUCAUCAAGAGUGAUAAAUGUCCCCAGAGGGCAGCUCUUGGUGCAAGGAGAAGCAGCGGGACGCUUUGGAAACGACUACAACAACAAUAAUUUCAACGGGUCAUACAGUCGCUACGACAGCAUCGCUACUCCCAUGCAUGGCUCCAAGACACCAAUGUAUCGCGGAGAUGGUGGCUAUACCCCUAGUCGCUUCCAAGAUGGUGGCCGAACUCCUGCUUGGGAUGCGGGAAGUAAGACACCCGCAUAUGAAGGAGGCGGUCGAACACCAGCAUGGAAUGCUGGAAGCAGAACUCCUGCAUGGGAUGCCGGAAGCAAGACGCCCGCUUAUGAUGCUGGUAGCCGAACACCGGCAUGGGAUGCUGGUAGUAGGACACCCGCUCCUUUACGGAAUAGCUCGCCUGAUUAUCCAACAAGUCGCAUGUCAUCCAACGGACAAAAUGGUGGUUGGACACCAGCCGGAGCAAGUUAUAAUGAUAGAUACGAUGAUCACCCUGCACCUGCACGUGUCGAGUGGCCAAUAGCUAAAGUCGAAGUCAAACUCAAAAAGGGUGACAAGAUUGGUACUAUCACGGCUAUCCAGAAAGCUGGUCGUUCUGCUACCAUCAAGCUCAAGGGAGGUGACACCCUCUCCAACAUUUCCUUUGAUGACAUUGAUCCCGUACGGCCGAGGAGCAAGGAUGACAAGGUUAUGGUGUUGGAUGGAGAGUACAAGGGUAGAACAGGAACGUUGAUCAGCGCUGAGGAGGCAGAUGCGAUUGUCAAGUUGGCGGGAAGCCAGGAUAUCAGAAUCUUUAACAUGGAUAUGAUAGGCAAGUACGUGGAGGGAUAAACCAUUCGGCUGGAAAGCGUGAAGGGAGGGAUGUUGCGCGAGGCCAUAGAUAGCCGGUCUUCCUUUUGGAGCUGUACAUAGUGAAAAAAUCAAUGACCCACCAAAAUGGCAUAUCUUUCUUCC